AUGUCUUACGCCGACGCUGCUGCCAAGGGCCCCAAGCAGGCUCCCGAGGAUGCCCGCGCCCCCAGCGUGGGUGGCAUCUACCAUGACGAGUCCGAGAGCACCGCCUCCCUCAUCGACGUCGACUCCCCACAUGUCAACACUGUCGAUCCUGAUUUCCUGAACCAGGAAGUUAAGACAACCACACAGGCUGAGCGGUUAGAGCGCGAAGCUGCUGAGGCCGAGCAGCGCAAGGCUAGCGAGGCCAGCGAGAAGAAGGCCAAGGCCCGCAAGGCGAAGAACAGCGGACUGUAUGCCAACUCUGAUAAUCCUGUCUACAUUACCAAUGCUGUUCUGGGUGCUGUGAUUGGUGCUGGUCUGGGCUACGGUGCCUACCACAAACACGCCCAGGGCAAGCUUUCGUGGGAGUUGGUCGGUCUCGUAUCUGGUGCUGUCGGUGCGUUCGGUGUUGUGGACUACUUUGCCAGCAAGUGGUUCCUGCAGAACAAGUACCCUUCCAAAUAA